AUGUUUACAAAUCAAACAUACAAUGGUACAUGGAGUAACAGUGAUUGGAUGAAAUAUGUUGCAUUUCUGAAACAAGUUGAGCUAGCACAGAAAAUAAUAUUAAUCUUUAUUGCCAUUCUUACAAUUCUGGACAAUACUUUGGUCUUGGUAGUGACCUGGAGAGAGAAAAGUCUUCAUCAACCAAACAAAUAUUUUAUUGCUUUCCUGGCAGUUGCUGAUCUUUUGGUUGGUAUCUUUUUAGACCCACUGAAGACGAACCAACUCUUCGACGACUCUGAAUCGCGAUAUACUGUAUCCAUUCAUCUAUGUCGUUUUACGGUGUGGAUAGAUAGCUUCGCGCUAGCAGCAUCGAUUUUGAGCUUAGCGUUUAUUAGUUUUGAUCGUUAUCUCAAAAUCAGCAAACCUCUUCAGUAUAAGUCCAAAAUGACUACUUCUAAAUCAUUGAAAAUAAUUUUUAGCAUUUUGUUGGCUUCAAUUGCUUUUGCCACCUACUCCGCCACUCCUUAUUCAGGAAGCUAUGGAAUUCUCUUGAUGGAUAACAAUUUAAAUAAUUAUUGCCCAUCCGAUGAUAAUAAAGAAAAUCAGUUCUAUACUUUCUUAUCAGUCGGGUUCUUUCUAUCUACUGUGGUCAUACUGGUUAUGUACGCUCUCAUCUUUGUUAUUGCUCACAAAAGACAAACCAUGCUGCGAAACGGCGAACUGGAUCAAACUUGGAAUGAUCGGAACCAACGAAGUGCCUUUCUUCAAGAUCUUAAGGUUAUCCGAAUGUUGUUGGUCAUCGUGGGAGUGUAUAUACUUUGCUGGUUUCCUUUCGUGAUUUAUAAUUUAUUGGAAUUCUACGAUCCGUAUAUUAUUGAUUGGGAAAGCACAUCAUUAAACUACCAGUAUUCGAUCAACAUAUCAGUAAUGAUAGUCGACCUGCUGCCGUUAGUGAACAGCCUCUGCAAUCCAAUAAUUUAUGCCUGCCUGGACCAAAAAUACAGACAGGCUUUCAAAAAUCUGUUUUCAAAAAUGGUGUAUCGGUCAAGCGCACAAAGUCGACAACCACAAAUUGGAAUAGAGUUACGUCCUGCGAGAACAAGAUAA